GCUUUCCUUCCUCCUACUUAAACCCUGCUUCCUCUCCGUCACUUUCACAAUACUUUCUCCUUCUCUACCAUCUCUUCUCAGCAGCAAUGGGAAGAACAGCAUCGCUCUACCUCCGCCUCUUCUGCACAGCCGUUGCUCUUCUCUGCCCGGCGGUCUUCGCCGACGAUCCGUACCGAUACUUCACCUGGACCGUCACCUACGGCACCGCAUCCCCUCUUGGAGCUCCACAGCAGGUCAUCCUCAUCAAUGGUCAGUUCCCCGGCCCUUCUCUCGAUUGCAUCACCAACGACAACAUCAUUGUCAAUGUCAUCAACCAGCUCGACGAGCCCUUCCUCUUGACCUGGAACGGGAUCAAGCAGAGGAAGAACUCAUGGCAGGAUGGGGUUUUGGGGACUAAUUGCCCUAUCCCUCCGAAGGGAAACUACACCUACAAGUUUCAGAGCAAGGAUCAGAUUGGCACCUUCACUUACUUCCCAUCUACUGCAAUGCACCGCGCCUCCGGUGGCUUCGGUCCUCUCUAUGUGAGGCAGCGGUCCGUCAUCUCGGUGCCUUACGACCUUCCCUUUGGCGAGAUGUCGCUGCUUAUCGGCGAUUGGUACAAAGCUGGCCACAAGUCGUUGAGGCAGAGUUUGGAUUCAGGGAAACCUCUUUCUUUUCCUGAUGGACUUCUCAUCAAUGGCGUCCCACAAUCAUAUUCCUUCACUGGAGAUCCAGGGAAGACAUACCUAUUGAGGAUCUCCAACGUGGGCCUCUCUCUUUCAUUCAACUUCAGAAUUCAGAGCCACAAGAUGAAGGUAGUUGAAAUUGAAGGGUCCCAUACGAUUCAGAACACCUAUGACUCGCUUGACGUCCAUGUUGGGCAGUCCAUAGCUGUUCUUGUGACACUUGACCAGACACCAAAAGACUACUAUAUAGUAGCCACCUCCCGUUUCACCAGUACAGUCCUCACUGCCACCGCUGUAUUGCACUACAGCAACUCCAGGUCUCCAGUUUCUGGAGCAAUCCCUGCUCCUCCUGCUAAUGAUUACAACUGGUCCAUGCUCCAAGCUAGAACCUUCAGAUGGAAUCUGACUGCAAAUGCUGCAAGGCCUAAUCCUCAGGGUUCUUACAAGUAUGGCAGCAUAACGAGAUCCCGAUCACUGAAAUUUGCAAGCUCCGCACCUGUGAUCAAUGGCAAGCUUCGCUAUGCUGUCAAUGGUGUCUCCUUCGUCGUCCCUGAUACUCCAUUGAAGCUUGCUGACAACUUUAACAUUCCUGGUGUCUUCACUUGGGAUAGCAUCCCAACUGAGGCUACAAAUGACCCUGCUGCCCUUGGAACACCAGUUCUGAGGACUAAUCUGCAUGAAUUCAUUGAGAUCAUUUUCCAAAACACUGAGAACACCAUGCAGUCUUGGCAUCUUGAUGGCUAUUCCUUCUGGGUUGUUGGAUAUGGAAAUGGACAAUGGGUGGAACAGAAUCGCAACAGCUACAAUCUUGUUGAUGCGGUCUCUAGACACACAGUUCAGGUGUAUCCGAAUGGAUGGACGGCAAUCUUAGCAUCCCUGGAUAACCAGGGGAUGUGGAAUCUGAGGUCUGCGAUGUGGGGAAGGCAGUACUUGGGGCAACAGCUCUACAUUAGAGUCUGGACUGAAGAGAAGAGUUAUUCCAAUGAGUAUGAUAUCCCUUCAAAUGCUUUGCUUUGUGGCAAGGCCUCCGGGCUUCAUCAUUAGUCUAAUUGCUUUCUUGUAUUAUUUGACUUUAGAUGUCACUAUAAGGUGACAAAAUGGAAUAGGAAAGUUUAUUUACUUAGGUGAGAUUGAUUUUUUUUUUUGGGAUAUGCAUUAAAA